AUGAGCCGCAGGUGUGAGAAAGGGCCAGGCUCGGACUGGAGGGCGGGGAGUGGAGCAAGGGGUAGAGGUGGCUCCAGGUUUGGCUUCAGCAACCGGGAGGAUGGGACUGUCUGGGGAAAGAGCAGAGGGUGUGAGUGGCACAUCAACACCAGCGGAGAUGCCAGAGAGGGGCACAUGUACCCACUGGAGGUGCCAGGAAGGCACCGGCUGUGUGACCACCCCCCAUCAAUCGGGGAGGCCCUGGCAGGAACUCAGAGCCAGGAGACGGAGGGUGGAGGCUGUGGGGACAGGAAGGGAGGAGGGAGGAGCGAGGUCCAGCUCCUGGGCUCCAGCAGGAAGCUGGGCGGGGUGCCCAGAGGCCUGAGUGGCCUCCCGGGAAGCGUCCCCGACCCAGCAGCCCAGGCCCACAGCUCCAGGACCCCCUGGGCACCAGCAGCCCAGGCAGGCUUCACUGCAGGAGCAGAGCCUGCCCUGCUGGGUCUGGGCGCGGAGCUGCGCGGGUCCCCCCCGUGUGGCCUUCGGGCGGCUCAGCCGGGCUCUUCCGUGCAGAGCCUGCCGAUGGGGAAGCUGCAGAGCGCGGCGGGGAUGGACAGAGCCGGCCCCGCGGGCCGCGGGCGCCCAGGAUUCCUGGAGGGCGCGCUGCUGCUGCUGCUGCUGACCGGGGCCCUGGGGGCCCUGGGCGUCCUCUACGCCGCCGGCAGAGCGGCCGCGGGGGACACUGGCCGGCAGGGACCAGCGGCCCCUUCCAGAAAGCGCUGCCCGGGCCGGGCAGGUGCGCGGCUGCCCCGCGGCUCUGCCCCCGCCUGCUCCCGCCCGAGCUGCGCGACCCGGGCUCGGCUGCGGCUCCGGCGGCUGCGCUCGCUCCUGGCUGGGCUCACCCGCAGGAUGUGCCAGGGUCCCCUCCCCCUGGGACCCCUCAGCCUGCAGCAGUCCCCAGGUGCCUGUGACACAGAGGGGUCUCUCUCCAUGCCCUUGUCCCUCCACAAGUGCUGGAUUGCUGCUGCAGCCCAUACUGGGCUCGUGUUGGACAUCGGGGGCUCUGUGGUGUCCUGGCCUGCCCACACACCGGUGCACAGGGCUGGCGAGUCGUCCCUCGAACCCCCGACUGGCCUGGCUCGGCAGGGAGAUACUGAGGCAGAACAGGAUGGCGGGGGAGGGUCCCACCUCGGGAGCCCUCUGGGCCCUGGGGGUGCGGGGCAGCCAGCUCAGGCCCAGUGCAAACAUGUGGAGGACGCUGAGGCCGAGCUGAGUGCUUGUUUCUCCCCAGGGAAGCCGCUGCCACCCCUUGCUAGCCGGCUGCGCUUCUCAAAGGAAGAGAAGACCAUUGAGGGCGUGGGGCGGAAAGGACCGGCCGGUUCCGGCCCUAAGCACCUGCUGGAUGCGAGGCGCUCGCGGGGCGCUGUGGAACCGCCCACCCCGGCUCCGGGCUGCCCACGAGGCCGCCACAUUCAAGACAACUGGCCGACCUGCCAGGGCAAGAGGGGAUGGGCUGGGGACGGGCUGCAGAGAAGGGCAGCGCGGCGGGCCGCCUGGAGGAGUGGGCCCGGCGGCGGGCGAGAGCUGCUGCAGAGCCAGGAGGGCAGGAGGGCCAGCUUCGGCCUUGGGGACAGGGCAGCUCCAGGGCCCCGCCCACCCUGCCCGUGCAGGCGCUCACGCUGCUCUUUGCCCGCAGCCGCCCAGGAGGACGAGGAAGUGGGGGAGGUCUGCACCAGCCCCGGCUGCGUGAUGGCAGCCGCCAGGAUCCUCCAGAACAUGGACCCGUCCAAAGAACCCUGUGACGACUUCUACCAGUACGCGUGCGGAGGCUGGCUGCGGCGCCACGUCAUCCCGGAGACCAACUCCCGGUACAGCGUCUUCGACAUCCUUCGAGAUGAGCUGGAUGUCAUCCUCAAAGCGGUGCUGGAGAACACCACCAGCAAGGACCGGCCGGCCGUGGAGAAGGCCAAGCUGCUGUACCGCUCCUGCAUGAACCAGAGUGUCAUAGAGAAGAGAGACUCCCAGCCGCUGCUGGACAUCUUGAAAGUGGCAGGAGGCUGGCCUGUGGCCAUGGACAAGUGGAACAAAACCCUAGGCCUCGGGUGGGAGCUGGAGCGGCAGCUGGCGCUGAUGAACACACAGUUCAACAGGCGCGUCCUCAUCGACCUGUUCAUCUGGACGGAUGACCAGAACUCCAGCCGGCACAUCAUCUACGUAGACCAGCCCACCUUGGGCAUGCCGUCCCGGGAGUAUUACUUCAACGUCAGCAGCAACGAGAAGGUGCGGGACGCCUACCUGCAGUUCAUGGUGUCGGUGGCCACGAUGCUGCGUGAGGACCUGAGACUCCCCAGGAACAGCCGCCUGGUGCGGAAGGACAUGGAGCAGGUGCUGGAGCUGGAGACCAGCCUGGCCAACGCCACGGUACCCCAGGAGGAAAGGCACGACGUCACGGUGCUGUACCACAGGAUGGCACUGAAAGAGCUCCAGCGCCAGUUUGGCCUGAAGGGGUUUAACUGGACACUCUUCAUACAAACUGUGCUGUCCUCUGUGAAAAUCAAGCUGCUGCCCAAUGAGGAGGUGGUGGUCUAUGGCAUCCCCUACCUGCAGAACCUCGAACACAUCAUCGACACCUACUCCUCCAGGACCAUGCAGAACUACCUGGCCUGGCGCCUGGUGCUGGAUCGCAUCGGCAGCCUGAGCCAGAGGUUCAAGGACGCUAGAGUGAACUACCGCAAGGCACUGUACGGCACGACCAUGGAGGAGGUGCGCUGGCGAGAGUGUGUCGGCUACGUCAACAGCAACAUGGAGAGCGCCGUGGGUUCCCUCUAUGUCGCGGAGGCGUUCCCUGGAGACAGCAAGGACAUGGUCAGAGAACUCAUUGACAAGGUGCGGGCCGUGUUCGUGGAGACGCUGGACGAGCUGCGCUGGAUGGACGAGGAGUCCAAGCAGAAGGCCCAGGAGAAGGCCAUGAGUAUCCGGGAGCAGAUCGGCUACCCCGACUACAUCCUGCAGAAGAAGAACAAGCGCCUGGACGAGGAGUAUUCCAACCUGAACUUCUCAGAGGACCUGUACUUUGAGAACAGCCUGCAGAACCUCAGGGCAGGUGCCCAGCGGAGCAUAAAGAAGCUUCGAGAAAAGGUGGACCAGAAUCUCUGGAUCAUCGGGGCCGCCGUGGUCAACGCGUUCUACUCCCCGAACCGAAACCAGAUCGUUUUCCCCGCUGGGAUCCUCCAGCCCCCCUUCUUCAGCAAGGAGCAGCCGCAGGCCUUGAACUUUGGGGGCAUUGGGAUGGUGAUCGGGCACGAGAUCACACACGGCUUCGAUGACAAUGGCCGGAACUUUGACAAGGAUGGCAACAUGAUGGAUUGGUGGAGUAACUUCUCAACCCAGCACUUCCGCAAGCAGUCGGAGUGCAUGAUCUAUCAGUACGGCAACUACUCCUGGGACCUGGCAGACGAGCAAAAUGUAAACGGAUUCAUCACCCUCGGGGAAAACAUUGCUGACAACGGAGGGGUGCGGCAGGCCUACAAGGCGUACCUAAAGUGGAUGGCCGAAGGCGGCAAGGACCAGCAGCUGCCCGGACUGGAUCUGACCUACGACCAGCUCUUCUUCAUCAACUAUGCGCAGGUGUGGUGCGGGUCCUACCGGCCCGAGUUCGCCGCCCAGUCCAUCAAGACUGACGUACACAGCCCCCUAAAGUACAGAGUGCUAGGGUCGUUGCAGAACCUGGCCGCCUUCGCCAACGCCUUCCACUGCGCCCGGGACACCCCCAUGCACCCCAAGGAGCAAUGCCGCGUCUGGUAGCCAAGGCCGAGCCGCACUGCGCGGCCCACGGCCACCCGCCGCCCGGAAGCGCCCGCGAGGACACGUUGCCGCGGGGAC